AUGGAGAGCGGCACAAGCGAUGAGCAGCAAGGGAAAAUGAAUGGAAUUAAGGAGCAAGUAGAUAAUGUGAAAGCGAUAAUGGUACAAAACGUCGAACGAAUUCUGGAGCGUGGUGAACGAUUGGACAAUAUUGAGAGAAGAACCGAGCAGUUGCACGCAUCAAGCGCCAAUUUCAAAAUGACCGCUCGCAAAGUGCAACGCAAGUUUUGUCUUCUGAACGCAAAAUGGACCGCAAUUUGCAUCCUGGUUUGCCUUCUUGUUACCGCCGUCCUCAUUGUUUUGAUACUCCACUGGUGCGGAGUAAUCGGCAACAAAAAGAAUGACUAA